AUGUUGCACUGGAAGCUGUUCGUUUUGGCCUUUCAUGUUCACAUCGCUGCAGGUGAAAACCACCGAGUAAAGACAGCGAAGGAGAACUGUCUGCUGCAGAAGGCUGGUAGCGGCGUGCAGUUAUCAAGAUCCAAGUCCGUUCCAGAUGGCAUGAUGAGGGUGAAGAAAGCAAUCUUCGAAAAUCGAUGCGAGCACCCUGUGUAUCUUUAUGGUUACCAAGAUUCAGAUCCGACUUAUGUCAAGAUAGAGCCGCGUGCUACAGAGGAAUUCGUCGAAGAGCGCGGCUUUCUUCCUUGGCGCGAGCAACGGAUCACCUUGUCCUAUGGCAUUUUCUUUGAUGGUCUUCUCAGGCCAACCAACCUAGACGCGGCAGUCAUCGAGCUGAACGCAGAUUACUUGAGUUGGGUUGUGCCCAAAAGCCACAUCAGUUUUCUGGGACAGCUGGGAUUCAGCAAUUUGAACCUGGAACUGGCCUUGUGGCUAGAUCGAAUCAAUGGUACUUUGGCUGUGGAAACACCAGCGAAUCCUGCAUGCUUUUCACGGGCGAAGACGGCAUUCAACGUUUCGGAGUGUAACUUCUCUGACGGCAGCGCUAAGGUGAUUUCACGCACUUGGGGCGAAUUGUGCAUGCCAGUGUGCCCUGAUACCGGGGAGGCAAGCGAAGCGCCAUGUGAAACAAGUUGCUUUGUGGAACCAGGUGUUCCUUUGAAGUACCCGGAGUAUAUUUCACAUCGCUCUUUGGCCUGGAAACAGGGGCAGUGGAUGCCAAGCCCUGCGACUGUUGACCAGUUUGUGAGGGAAGGUGGUCAGCAAUGGUCUGCCACCUUUGAAUGCUGGGACUUCCAAACUGGCCCCGAGGGUUUCCCCAUUUGCGAUGGCUAUGAUCCAAAGAGUUUGCCAGACGAGUUAGGAGUUUGGCAGGUCGUGUCAUGUCCAGAUGGUGAGAUUGAUCCUCCUCCAGUCCCGAACUACAGCGGCGGGAUCCAAACUACAUGUCAGAAUUUAAGUGAUACGUGCAUGGAAGAUCUGAAAUGGGCGAUGCAAGUUGGAAUCUUUCAAGAACCUGCGUGGUACCCUGGGCUUUCUCACAACUCUUCCGCUGAUGAGUUUCAGGCAUUGCUCCAUACAGUGCUGGGAAGUUGCCCACCACCCUGCACCAAUGAACCUCAUUUUCAGGCAGUGGAUGGUGCCAUAGGCCGAGUGUGUCGGGGCCUCACCCCCACUGACAACGCCAAUAUCUAUUUCACCGUUCGAGUGGCAAACUCCACGGAUCAAUGCAAGCAGCUUUGCCGCGACUAUCCUGGAUGUAAAGGCAUCGAAUUUGCCAUCGCCUCUGGGCGUUGUGAAAUCUGGCUUCGCGAGGGUGGAAUUCUUGCUAGCAACUCAAUGGAUGGUUUCGAGUGCUGGCGAUAUGUGGAUCCCAGUGCUGGCUCCACUCUUCCGAACAUCACGACCACCUUGAUGCCGCAUCGACUGAUGUAUUUUGAAGGGCUUGAUGGUGGCCCGACACAAGAUAGGGUGUGUCGAGGUGGCACCAUCUACGACAAUCGUGCUGAGUAUUUUUCUGUGUAUUGGACAUCAACACUGGAGGGCUGCAAAUCACAAUGUGUGGAAAUAUCCGACUGCAAAGGGAUCGAGUACGCCUCUUCCUUUGGACGCUGCGAAGUCUGGACACGCGCCGAGGGGAUCCAGGCGGUGAAAGUUUCGCCUGAUAGCGAAUGUUGGAUUUACGCUCCGCCUGGCACGGGCGUUGGAACUAUUGACGCGUGGUGA